AUGCCUAAGAUGUUGAAAGAUAUGUUUGAUCAGCUUUGUAUGAUUGUUGAACAAGAUGAAUGUAAAAUUCGCAAAUUGGAAACAAUUGGAUUCCUCCAUUCUGGGCUUGUGAUGCCAAUUUUACAUAUGGACUCACCAGCAGGAUAUGUAUGUCGUGUUGAGUUUGGAAAAAACACACUUCCUGUAAUUGCCAUGGCAUGGAAGGCUAAAGUAACUGAUGACAGUGAAGAAGAUCAACUACAAUGCCUACAGGGUGCCUGCGAUACAACUCCACCACCACUACAAAAACGAAAAAAAGUGUAUUUGCCAACAUGUUUGGACACUCCAUCAAAACCAUCAAAAAGAAUCAAGGAGACUCUAUUCAAUCCACUUAGGUCAUCACUAGCAAGUAAAACAUGA